AUGCAUUGUAAACAUAAUUUCGGUUACUGCGAUAAUCUUUCUCGUGUUGAUCACCAGAUUUCUGUUUGCUACUUAGCAGUGGUACUUAUCUGCGAUCAGAUUUCUGAUGGGCCGCAAAAUCAUGAACUGAGCAGGUCCUCAUAUUAUUCCAAAGUGAUACGAAAGCAUAUACCGAUGGAGCCUGCUAUGCAGCAUGGAUUUGGUCCUGUUUUCUUCAGAGACUAUGGAAGAUCAAAUUAUGAGAAACAAGGCUUGCAACCGAUUGUACCAGUAAAACGAUUGAAAAGUUUAAUGCGGAUACGUCGACGAGCAGGAAGUAUUCGUAAUUUAGGAUUACUAGAACGAGAUGAUUUUGUACCGCGAAUCGAUGAAUCUCUUUGUCGUUGUGAUGGAGAACUGCGUGAAGAGAAUAGUUGUGCCCAAAUGCCUUGUCCUGAAAUAAGCAAUGCUCGUACAUGUGGUUGGUCUCAUUGGACCGAAUGGUGUGGUUGUAUAGGACCAUGUAAUCAGGGUGAUCGCAUACGUGCUCGGUAUUGCGUUGAUGGUAUCUCAGCAAGUGAUGAUACAUCAAGUAGCAACACUAAAAAAGAUCCUUGCAUUCUUUCGGUACUUUUCAAAACUUUCCAAUGUUUUAAAAGUUCAUGA